AUGGUCAACAAUAAGCUCCCAUUUCACGCUGACCACAUUGGUUCUUUGAUUCGCCCAACCUCGUUGUCAGAAGCCCAGGCAAAUACCGACAAUGGUAGGACCUCUACUGCCGAGCUGCAAGCAGUUCAGCAAGCUGCCAUAGCGGACAUUGUCCAGAAGCAGCUGGCCAAUGGCGUGCGUGCCAUCUCGUCCGGCGAAUACGACCGAAAAUUCUACUUCUCGGGCUUCUUCGAGAAGCUGAGCGGUUUCAAGGAAGUGAGCCCCGUGCCGUGGGACCUCGCGCGAGUGUCGGCGCCACCGGUUGCGGCCUUGAAGAAGGCGGGCAAGCCCUACAUGAUGGCCGCUGUCUGCACUGGCAAGAUUAGGCGACUGGAGAGCCCGUACAUGAACAAUUGGAAGAUGCUACGCGAUACGCUGCCCAAGGAGAAAUGGAGCGAGUGCAAGUUUACGAUGCCGCCUCCCUGCUACUUCCACCUGCGUCUGGCCAAGGGCAAGUGCUACAGCGCCGAUGCAUACAGCAGCGAUGGCGACUUCUUUGCCGACCUGGCCGUGGCCUACCAGCAGGAGAUCCAGGCUCUGUAUGACGAGGGUCUGCGCAACCUGCAGAUUGACGACCCGACGCUCGCCUACUUUUGCUCCGAUGAGAUGAUUGCCGCGCUCAAGGCCGAGGGCGAGGAUCCAGAGGCGCUCUUCACGCAGUACCUCGCGGCGCACAACGACUGCAUCGCCAAGCGCCCGGCGGACAUGCACGUCGGCCUGCACAUCUGCCGGGGCAACUUUGCCAAGUCGAUGCACUUCAGCCAGGGCUCGUACGAGCGCAUCGCCGAGCGCUUCUUCUCCACGCUCAACUACGACACCUUCUUCCUCGAGUACGACGACGAGCGGUCCGGCGGCUUUGAGCCGCUGCGCCAUCUGCCGCGGGGCAAAAACGUGGUGCUGGGGGUUGUGACGACCAAGGACCCGGCGCUGGAGGACAGGGACGCCGUCAAGCGGCGCGUGGUGGAAGCUGCGCGCAUUGUCGCGGCCGGCCAGGCUGUCAGUGUGGACGAGGCUAUGGCGAGCAUCGGCAUCAGCCCGCAGUGCGGGUUCGCCAGCGUGGCGGUCGGGGCGGACGGCAUGACGGAGGCAAAGAUGUUUGAGAAGCUGAAGUUGGUGCAGGAUAUUGCGGGGGAACUGUGGCCGUGA